AUGGAUGUGGCCGUCGAGCUAGAAGAUGAUCUGUUCUUCGCAGACCUGAGCCGGCAGAUUGCCCUGCUGAUAUUCGACGAAGAAGAAGAAGAAGAAGACGAGGGCUUCCCUCUUCGUUGGUGCCCUUCUCACUCCUUCCAGGUACGGGGUAAAGAAGGUCAACCCUUCUCUCUCUAUCCACAUCUCUCCUUGAAUGGCUUUACAGAUCCGGCGGUCACCUCGAGGGAAUCCUGUAAAACCUUGCUGAAAAUAGGUUCUUUCUUGGGAUGAUCUCCUCACGAAGGUUUGUUGCCGUUGUUCUGCAGGCCUUUUCUCUCCAUACAUCUUCGCCGGGGGCGGCUAUCGCCUGUGGCGGUGAGCAGGUCAAAGGCACCGGCGUUUUCAUCCCGCAGUCGUCCCUCCCCAGGUGGCGCCGCCGGCCAGGGAGGCCGAGGCGCCCUGCCCCCGUUAAGGCCAAGAUGGCGGCGGGGGCGGCACACGGCGGCGGCGGCGGCGGUGGCAGGGACAAGUUGCUGUCCAAUUGCAGUAACAGGAGAUCCAACGGGCUCAGGACACCCCCGCUGUCGGCACCGCCAGAGAGAAGAAGCUGCCCAAUUGUGGCAGGAGAUCUAACGGGCUCCAGACAACCUUGUGGGGGAACCCAUCUCCCAGCUUGA